CAACCUACUAUGGGGCCCUCUCUUCCUCGACAUGUUCGCUUCACGUCUGAAUUACCAAAUACCACAAUUUUUCAGUUGGAAACCAGAUCCAGAGGCUCUGGGGGUAGAUGCUUUCCUCCAAUUUUGGCCUCCACAAAUACUCUAUGCCUUUCCUCCUUUCAAUCUUAUUCCUCGAGUUCUUCUUCAAACUUCGCUACGGAAGUCAACUAUGGUCCUCAUCACACCUUGGUGGCCCACUCAAUCAUGGUUCCCUCAACUUCUACGUCUCUUAAUAGAUUACCCCCGGAUUCUUCCGUCCUUUCCAGAUCUUCUCCAAGAUCCUCUUGGCAAUUCCCACCCUCUGAUCUUGUCAGAUCAACUCAUCCUUAUUGCUUGGCUAAUAUCGGGAAUUCCGGAACGACCUCUUCAUUUUCUUUCACAACUAGGGAACUCCUAUCAGACGCUUGGGCUCCAGGUACCAGAUCUGCUUACAGAUCAGCCUGGAAAGUUUGGGUUCGUUGGUGCUCUCAACGGGAUCUGGAUCCCUUACAAGCAUCUGUAUCUGACAUCUUAAAUUUUCUUUCUGCUUCCUUUGAUUCGGGAAAGGCGUAUAGAACGAUUAAUCUUUAUCGUUCAGCUAUUUCUGCCACACAUCCUCUCAUUGACUUCAUCCCAGCAGGUAAACACCCUCUUGUGUGUAGACUUUUGAAGGGCAUACGUUUCCGUCGCCCUCCUUUACCCAAAUACAAUUCCACCUGGGAUGUCAAUCUCAUACUUGAUCUAUUUGUAUCCUGGGAAGAUAAUGAUUCCCUAUCCUUAAAAUUUCUCUCCUUCAAACUCACUGUUCUUCUUUGUCUUAUAUCUAUCAAACGCAUUUCCGAUGUUAGGGCUUUAGAUAUAUCUAGGAUGCAAUAUUCACCCGAAGGUGUAAUAUUCACUGUUUAUCGUCGCACCAAGACUAAUCUUCAUUCGGUCUUCUAUCCUGCAUUUCCUCAUCAACACAAACUCUGUGUGGUCCGUUGUCUACGUUCUUAUGAAUUAAGGACUCAAUCCUUAAGAUCUUCUUCAUCUUCUCAGCUUCUUAUUUCCUUUUGCAGACCCCACAGACCUGUCUCCUCCACUACUUUAGCCCGCUGGGUUAAAUUAACUAUGGGAAUGGCCGACAUUGAUAUAUCUACUUUUGGCGCUCAUUCUACCAGAGGAGCCGUAUCCACUAAGUUAUUUCAAUCGGGUGCUACUCUCUCGGAUAUUCUUAAAGCGGCUAAUUGGUCAUCUGACUCUACGUUUAAAACUUUCUAUUUUAAACCCCAAUCUCAUGUCUCUAUGACACUUCUGUAAUGCAUGUUUUAUAUCUCCAUGCCUCCUGAUAAAGCUUCACGCCUGGUGGUCUCUACGAUGUUCCAGAAGAUCUUCCUCUGUUAAGAAGUUAAUCCUGAGUUUUCCGGUCUACUAUUUCCUCAAGUUGUGAACUGUUUUACCUUCGCUGCAAAGAAGAAGGAAGUGUUCCUGAUAACUGCCAAUGUUAUAUCCAGCACUAUAUUCUGAUUGGCUGGUAUUAAAUGCCAGCAUGUUUGGCUACAUCAUUUAUUAUAUUUAAAGUUUUUUCUUCUGUAAUCAUUUUAAUAUUCUUUUGCUGCUGAUCAGUAAAUGAAGUUUUAAAAGCAUAAUACUCGC